UAACUAACUACCAUUCAACGUACUGCCGUUUAUAUAUACAAACUUGAACAAAAUAUCAUGUAAUGUCUCUCAUCUCCUACCAGCACCAACCAUCUUCCUAGAUCCUGAAUCCUACUUCUCCCUCUGUCUCUCACCCUCUUUCUCACUCUCAGCCAUGGAUGCCUCAUGGGAACGAAGUGUUGCAGACGCUAUCAACACCAUUUACCUACUAUUCUCAGCUUAUUUGGUGUUUAUGAUGCAACUUGGUUUUGCCAUGUUAUGUGCUGGCUCAGUCAGGGCCAAGAAUGCCAUGAACAUUAUGCUCACUAAUGUUGUUGAUGCAGUUGUUGGUAGCAUCUCUUAUUACCUUUUUGGCUUUGCUUUUGCAUUUGGUGUUGCCUCCAGUUCUAACCCUUUCAUCGGUACAUGUUACUUUGCUCUCAAAGAUAUUCCAAACACUACUUACGACUAUAGUUUUUUCCUUUACCAAUGGGCUUUUGCUAUAGCAGUCGCUGGAAUCACUAGUGGUUCAAUUGCUGAGCGAACCCAAUUCAGUGCUUACCUUGUUUUCUCGUUUUUCCUUACUGGGUUUGUUUAUCCAGUUGUGGCUCAUUGGGUUUGGUCAUCCAGUGGUUGGCUAAGUCCUAAUUCAAGCGAGUUGUUAUUUGGGUCCGGUGCCAUUGAUUUUGCUGGCAGUGGUGUGGUUCAUUUGGUGGGUGCCAUUGCUGGGCUUUGGGGCUCUCUCAUAGAAGGCCCUCGGGUGGGUCGGUUCGAUGCAUUUGGAAAGCCUAUGCCAAUGCGUGGCCAUAAUGCAACAUUAGUGGUACUCGGCACAUUCUUGUUGUGGUUUGGAUGGUUUGGGUUUAACCCCGGCUCGUUCGAUAAGAUUCUCAUACCCUAUCCCGAUGCAACCGAUCAAGGUAACUGGACUGCCGUUGGCCGGACUGCAGUGACAACCACAUUGGCCGGUUCAACAGCAGGAAUCGUUACCCUAUUCGGCCGGAGGUUACUAGUAGGGCAUUGGGAUGCAUUAGAUGUCUGCAAUGGAGUGCUUGGUGGGUUUGUUGCAAUUACUUCAGGAUGUGCAGUUGUUGAGCCAUGGGCAGCAAUUGUUUGUGGGUUUUGUGCUGCUUGGAUACUUAUUGGCCUCAAUAUACUGGCCUUAAAAUUGCAAUUUGAUGACCCAUUGGAGGCAACUCAACUGCAUGGCGGGUGUGGAGCCUGGGGUUUGAUCUUUACUGGGUUGUUUGCUAAAGAGGAGUUCGUGAUUCAAGCUUAUGAAUCAGGUGAGAGCGGUGUUGUAAGGCCUUAUGGGAUUUUAUUGGGCGGGGGUUGGGGUCUGAUUGGAUCACAAGUGAUUGCAGUUCUAGUGAUUGCUUGCUGGGUCAGUGUGACGAUGGGGCCUCUCUUCUAUGCACUUCACAAACUUAGGAUACUGAGGAUAUCAAUUGAUGAGGAAGUUGCAGGCCUCGAUAUCUCUAGUCAUGGUGGCUAUGCCUACAUUCCUCAUUCCGAAGAAAACCAACCUCGCCUUUACGCAGACUAUAUGCAUGUUCAAGCUCAAAAUUACUCGUAAUUCCUUGGCAUUUCCAAACUGGUCAGAUUUCAUUUCAUCUUAAAACACUUGCGCCAUGUUUGAUUUGUUUUGCUAUGAAGAUUAAAAGCGAGUCAGAACAAGCCCCUAGUAAGUGUAAAUGUAUGUACCUAGUUGCCUAUUCAUUUGUAUAUACUUAUCCAAAGACACUCAGUUUCCACAUUCUUUGCUAUGCAACCUUGUUAAUGUAAAUCAAGUACCCUCUUUCAAGCUA